AUGGCGGCUACUGUCACAGAUGACCAUGUCCCUGCAGACUCGCUCUCGUUCCAACCGCAGGUCAUACCCUCAAGUGUCCGAGGCAUUGUCACGCCUAGCAGCAACAACACCACCACCAACGCCAAACCCUUGGACCUCCCGACUCUUCACACCCUGAUUGAACGUUACGCUCCCAUCCUCAAACUCCACCAGGACGAACAAUUCCUCCCGACCUCCAUCGAAGACUUUCUCUCGCACUGCACGUUGGUUGACAAGAAGUCACCCGCCGUCAAAGUCCGGUCUCCUAGUGUAUCCCAACUGCCCACGAAAGGUGAAGACCACCAAUUCUACCUCGAGCUCUCACCGGACGGCAAGCCGGGCCGCCUCGAACUCGCAAAGACCUACGUCCACGCCCUCUGGCAGCCCGGCAGCCCCCACACGGACCUCCAAUUCUGGUUCUUCUACGCCUACAAUGGGCCCGGGUCCUUGCACGUCGGCGGACUCGUCCUCGACACGCCCACGACCUCCGGAGACAUCGACCUGGCCCCCAUGGGCGAACACGUCGGUGAUUGGGAGAUGGCAAUGCUCCGCGUCGACAACGCUUCACACAGCCUGAAUUCGAUCUGGCUCUCCCAACACAGCCGGGGCCAAUUCUUCACCCACGACGCCAUCCCGGCUUCCUUCACGUUCCAAGGCACUCGCCCCGUCAUCUACGCCAGCCGCAACGGACACGCCAACUACGCGGCCGUGGGGCCCAACAAGUCCGAGUACCGCAAGAUAGGUGGUGUUCCCGUGGGGUUGGAUUUCUUCAUCCGAAACGACACGACCGUUGGCGGUGCGGGAAAGAUUUUGGACUGUGCAAAACACUACGAGCUCGUGUCUGGAGGUUGGAUUGGCGGCGGCGUCGUCGUCGAGCCGGCGUGGGUCUCCUGGCCGUUCCGCUGGGGACCAGAGGGCACGUCGACGCACUUGACCAGUGUGGCCGUCGCCGAGAUCGUGAGGAAAGCGUUGGGUGAUGAGUUGGCCAAAUUCUGUCCGAUCAGUGUCUUGACCGUGUUGGCCAGUGAGAUUCUUCCUCAUUUCGUCAAGGGAGACAUCAAUGGUCCGACGUCGCCUGGGAAACAUGGGAGUUGGAACGGUGUCUAUCCUGUAUAUUGA